AUGACGACAUCUUUUGCUCUCCUUUGUCUAUCAAUUGCUAUAAUUGAAUGCAUGGCAGGAAUUCUGGGAAAUGGAAUUAUCUUGGCUGCCAGUUCAUCGAGCUGCAUUGGGAGCAAAACAUGGCCCCCAUAUGAUAUGAUCGUGAUCUCGCUGAGUUCAUCUAGAUUCAUUGUGCAGUCAUGGAAUACACUGAAUUUCCUAAUGACUAUAUUUUACAAACCCUUCAUUUAUACCGAAAACGUGUACAUAGCUUCCCAGACAAUUUUUACCUUUCUGAACUACUCCAGCCUCUGGUUUGGAGCCUGGCUUAGUGUCUUCUAUUGCAUCAAGGUUGCCAGUUUUACACAGUCUUUCUUCAUCUGGCUGAAGCUGAGAAUUGCCAGGCUGGUGCCCUGGAUGCUGCUCACAUCAUGGCUCUGCUCCUUCACAGCUGCAAUUCCCUUCACCUGGCAUGUCUACAGUGUGCAUGAGAACAGCACUGCUCCUUCAUCCAUGACAAACUCUUCAGCAUGGACAACCACAAAGAAUGACAGACUGACUUUAUUGAUUUAUCUCUGGAAUGCAAGUACACCUUUGCCUUUAAUACUGUCUGUUGUUUCAAGUGUACUGCUGAUUUGGUCUCUGUGGAUCCACACCAGACACAUGCAAAAUAAUGCAAGUGGCUUCAGGGAUCCCAGCUUGGAGGCCCAUAUGAAAGCCAUCAAGUCCGUCUGCUCCUUCCUUGUCCUUUACAUUACAUAUUUUAUUUGCUUGCUUCUCCUCUACUCCAGAGUUUUUUCACUUCUAAGUGAUGAGGAAUGCAUGUGUAUAGUUAUAUUGGCUGCCUGUCCUACAGGACACACAAUGGUUUUAAUUUGGAGCAAUCCCAAAUUUCGAGAGCUGCCAGCUAGGAUUUGGGACCACAUUAACUGUCCUGUCAGGUCUAUAUCCAUAUAA